AUGGUAACAGGAGACAUCACGAUAGGGCUCACCACCAUAGUGAGUCUGACCACCAUGAUGCGCCCCAAAUCCUACCACGACAGUGAGGCACAUCACCACGAUGGACCCCAUCACUAUGAUGCUUACGAUGACAGUGGGCAUCAUCACCAUCAAGCCCACCACCACAAAAGGCGUCUUCAUCAUGGCGAGACCUAUUCCCACAAUUCCUAUGAAGGGUCCAACCCUCAAGGCAUGCCUCACUACCACAGUGAGCACCACCAUGGCCACCGCAGCAAUGACCACCAAAGAGAGCACCACCACGGGGCACGUCAUCAUGAUUACCUCCGUAGUGAUCAGCGCUAUGGGGAGUACCAUCAUGGCGACUCUCAAGCCUCUGGCCCACACAAAUCCCACAGCAAGGUCGGAGCUGGCUCAGCCUAUUCUCAUGCAGCAGGCCUCCAACCUAGUGUGGCACACAUGCGGAACGUGUCCUUCAGCGGGACUCGUUCCCGCAGUGCAGUUCACUCACAUGCCUCCCAGAGCUCCAGCAAAAUCCAUCCUCAGGAUCCCUCCUCUAAAACCUCGGGAAGCUGCACUGAAGAAGACGAGCAAUUUCAGAAGCGUAAAACCGGCCGAGCCCAGAGAGCCCACAAGAAGCCACACAGCGUAGACUGCUUCAGUUGGUUGUGGGAAAAAUUAAGCCACCUCCUUUGGGGCUUCCGGAAAAUGCUCAGGAACCUGACUGAGUCUCUGAUCUUCGAAGCCUUCAUUUUCCUCGUCGUCUGCCUCAACACCGUCAUGCUUGUGGCCCAGACCUUCGCUGAAGUCGAGGUCCGGGGCGAGUGGUACUUCGUGGCCUUGGAUUCCAUUUUCCUCUGCGUCUACAUGGUGGAAGCUAUGCUGAAGAUCACAGCUUUAGGAUUCAAGUAUUUUUCUGACUCCUGGAAUAAACUGGACUUCUUCAUCAUGGUCAUGGCUGUGCUGGACUUCACGCUCAUGCAGAUCAACUCCAGCACCUUCAGGCGUACUGUCUACAACCAAAGCGUCGUCCGGAUCUUCAAGGUCUUCAAGAGCCUGCGGGCCCUGAGGGCCAUUCGGGUCCUGCGGAGGCUCAGCUUCCUGACCAGUCUCCAGGAAGUGGCUGGGACCCUGGUGCGGUCCUUGCCGUCCAUCACCGCCAUCCUCAUCCUCAUGUUUACCUGCCUCUUCCUCUUCUCUGUGGUGCUCCGGGCACUGUUCCGCCAUUCUGACCCCAAGCGCUUCCAGAACAUCUUCACCACCAUCUUCACCCUCUUCACCUUGCUCACCCUGGACGACUGGUCCCUCAUCUACCUGGACAGCCGAGCCCAGGGCGCCUGGUACAUCAUACCCAUUCUCAUGAUUUACAUCAUCAUCCAGUACUUCAUCUUCCUCAACCUAGUGAUUGCCGUCCUGGUGGAUAACUUCCAGAUGGCACUGCUCAAAGGCCUGGAGAAAGUGAAGCAGGAGAAGGCUGCCCGGAUCCAUGAGAAGCUGCUGGAUGACUCGCUGACGGAGCUCAACAGAGCAGAGCCUGAAGAGGUGAUGAGUGAACACACUAAACACAAGCACCUCAUCGAGAAAAAAUUUGGGACCAUGACUGAGAAGCAGCAGGAAGUUCUGUUCCACUUCCUGCAGCUGGUGGCUGGUGUGGAGCAUUAUCAACAGAAAUUUCGCUCCCAGGCAUCCAUCAUCGAUGAGAUUGUGGACACUGCAUUUGAGGCUGGAGAAGAGGACUUCAGGAGGUGA